AGGGUUAUAGUCGGCCGGAAAACGGACGCAAAGUGUCGCAAACUGACGCAAAGGAGAGAAAACACGUGUCUGAGGAAAACACGAGGAACACGGGGCUCCUUUCGGACUGCGGCCACGGGGCGACAGCGAAGAGCGGCGCGCGCAGCGAGGAAGUUCCGGCGUUCUGCUCCCGCUUUUAUUAUCACCCGCUCACGUGUGCUCCUGUAGUCGUAACUUUGUGUUAGGUUGUUUGUUUUUAUUAGCUCUCACGCGUAAAGAGGACCGGUGAGGUUUGUUAUUGUUUUCGGACGCCAUGGCGGACUACCUGAUCAGCGGCCAAACCGGCUACGUCCCCGAUGACGGGCUUUCGGGACAGCAGCUGUUCAACGGAGGAGACGGGCUCACAUACAAUGACUUUCUGAUUCUGCCGGGCUUCAUUGAUUUCACAUCAGAUCAAGUGGACUUGACCUCAGCGCUCACCAAACAAAUCACCAUAAAAACGCCCUUUAUCUCCUCUCCCAUGGACACCGUCACGGAGGCCAACUUGGCCAUCGCCAUGGCACUAACGGGCGGCAUCGGCUUCAUCCACCACAACUGCACGCCGGAGUUCCAGGCCAAUGAAGUUCGCAAGGUCAAGCGCUAUGAGCAGGGCUUCAUCACAGACCCAGUGGUGAUGAGCCCAAACGAGCGCGUUCGAGACGUCUUCCAGGCCAAGGCUCGCCAUGGCUUCUGUGGAAUCCCCAUCACAGACAACGGACAAAUGGGCGGGAAGCUGGUGGGCAUCAUCUCCUCUCGUGACAUCGACUUCCUGAAGGAGGAGGAGCACAACCUGCCACUGAGCGAGGUGAUGACGAAGCUGGAGGACCUAGUGGUGGCCCCUGCUGGAGUGACACUGAAAGAAGCCAAUGAAAUCCUGCAGAGGAGUAAGAAAGGAAAGCUGCCAAUCGUGAACGAGGAAGGGUCCCUGGUGUCCAUCAUUGCCCGCACUGACUUGAAGAAGAACAGAGACUUCCCUCUGGCCUCCAAGGACUCGCGCAAACAGCUGCUGUGCGGCGCCGCCAUCGGAACCCACAACGACGACAAGUAUCGGCUGGACCUGCUGGUGCAGAGCGGGGUGGACGUGGUCGUGCUGGACUCCUCUCAAGGCAACUCGAUCUUCCAGAUCAACAUGAUCAAAUACAUCAAAGACAAGCAUCCCAAUGUGCAGGUCAUCGGAGGCAACGUGGUGACCGCUGCUCAGGCGAAGAACCUCAUAGACGCUGGAGCGGAUGGGCUGAGAGUGGGGAUGGGCAGCGGCUCCAUCUGCAUAACACAAGAAGCUCCCCUCAGUGUACCACCAGCAAUAAAUCGCCACAGCCCCAAAACCCCAACCUCUGUUACGGGAUACUCCAUGCUGGCGUGCGGCCGCCCCCAGGCCACAGCCGUCUACAAGGUGUCGGAGUACGCCAGGCGCUUUGGCGUGCCGGUCAUCGCUGAUGGUGGCAUCCAAACGGUUGGGCACAUUGCCAAAGCCUUGGCCCUGGGAGCGUCCACAGUGAUGAUGGGCUCUUUGCUGGCUGCCACCACUGAAGCUCCCGGUGAAUAUUUCUUCUCUGAUGGCAUCAGGCUAAAGAAGUACCGCGGCAUGGGCUCCCUGGAUGCCAUGGAUAAGAACCUGGGCUCCCAGACUAGAUACUUCAGUGAGUGCGAUAAGAUUAAAGUUGCUCAGGGUGUUUCUGGAGCGGUGCAGGACAAAGGCUCCAUCCACAAGUUUGUUCCCUACCUGCUGGCUGGCAUCCAGCACUCCUGUCAGGACAUCGGCGCCAAGAGCCUCACACAGCUCAGAGCAAUGAUGUACUCUGGAGAUCUCAAAUUUGAAAAGAGAACAGCUUCGGCUCAAACGGAGGGUGGAGUCCACAGCCUGCACAGUUAUGAAAAACGCCUGUUUUGAGAAGACGCCAGACUGAUCGUUUUUCCAGUAGCGGCAUUAUGCAAAUACUUUUCAUGCCGGGUCCUUUCAUUCAUGUCCACACACACACCAGUAACUUUUCAUACUAAUAAGCCUUUAAAAAUGAGCCCUUGCAGCCAUUCGCUUAAGGAUCCAUGAAUUCUUCCUACCAGUGUCAUCUAUGCAUUGUCUUUGUGCCGGUGAAGAAUGGGGGUUAAGCAUUUAUCAAUCAGUGCAUGUGUGAUUGAGUCCCACAAUGUCUUUCAAGUUGUGAUAACGAUAGAUGUCUGCAGUGUCCAUGGCAACAAAAGGUUGUCCAAUAAUAAAGCCUCUGUGUUUUUCCACAA